AUGGAGUCAUUAAUUCCUGUCAUAAACAAACUCCAGGAUGUGUUCAAUACAGUCGGCUCCGAGACUAUACAGCUACCACAGAUUGUUGUUAUUGGAAAUCAGAGCUCUGGGAAAAGCUCUGUGCUUGAAACACUCGUCGGCCAUGACUUUCUUCCAAGGGGUACAGGUAUUGUAACUCGAAGGCCUCUGGUGCUGCAGCUUUUACACAUUUCCAGAGACAAUUCACGGCUUCGUCAUGAGGAUGGGCAGAAGCACGCAGCACAAGAGUGGGCUAAGUUCCUCCACACGAAGAACAAGAUCUACACAGAUUUCAAGGAAGUUUGUAAAGAGAUUGAGAAUGAGACAGAGCGGAUGUCAGGAACAAACAAGGGUAUCUGUCCAGAGCCGAUCGUACUGAAGAUCUAUUCAAAUAAAGUGGUGAACUUAACUCUUGUUGACCUCCCGGGUUUGACCAAAGUUCCUGUCGGCGACCAACCUCCAGACAUUGAAAGUCAAAUCCGUGACUUGUGCAUUCACUACAUUUCCAAUCCUAAUUCAGUCAUCCUUGCAGUGACUGCUGCCAAUACAGAUUUUGCUACCUCAGAAGGAAUUAAGUUGGCUCGGGAGUAUGACCCUGAUGGUCGCCGCACACUAGCUGUAAUCACAAAAUUAGAUCUGAUGGAUGCUGGAACAGAUGCAAUGGAUGUCUUAUGUGGUCGUGUUAUUCCAGUGAAGCUAGGGAUUAUUGGUGUCGUCAAUCGUAGUCAAGCAGAUAUCAACAACCAGAAGGAAUUAUCAGAAGCCCUGAAAGAUGAGGCAUCGUUUUUACAGAAGAAGUAUCCCUCUAUCGCCAGCAGGAAUGGAACCCCCUACCUUGCAAAAACUCUAAACAGACUACUUAUGCACCACAUCCGAGAUUGUUUGCCUGAGCUUAAAACCAGAGUGAAUGUCCUAAUAGCCCAGUUCCAGUCCCUCUUGAAUUCUUUUGGUGAUCCAAUAGGUGAUAAGAGCCAGCUGUUGUUACAGAUCAUCACACGGUUUGCUUCGGCUUAUUGCAGCACUAUUGAAGGAACUUCUAAAAAUAUUGAAACAUCCGAAUUGUGUGGUGGAGCUCGCAUAUGCUACAUUUUCCAUGAGACAUUUGGGCGCACACUGGAGUCAGUGGAUCCCUUGGGCGGACUCAAUACAAGGGAUAUUCUGACGGCUAUCAGGAACGCGACUGGUCCUAGGCCUGCCCUGUUUGUACCAGAAAUAUCCUUUGAGCUGCUGGUGAAGAGGCAGAUACGGAGGUUGGAGGAGCCCAGUUUGAGAUGUGUGGAGCUGGUCCAUGAAGAAAUGCAGAGGAUGAUCCAGCACUGUGGGACACAGCAGGAGAUGUUACGCUUCCCCAGACUUCACGAACGUAUUGUCGAUGUUGUUACAAAUUUAUUACGGCUGCGGCUACCUCCAACAAAUUCAAUGGUGGAGAACCUGGUUCAGAUUGAACUGGCAUACAUCAAUACAAAGCAUCCAGAUUUUUCGGAGGCCCACCUCGUGCAUCGCGCGAUGACUGGCAACCCAAUAGAAGGAGACCUCCAUAGGGCUUCAGUACAUAAACACAUCAUGGCGGACAAGUUCCACGAGGAUCGGGAAAGGGGAGUGGCUAGCUCAAAUUCACACAUGAAGAAUCCAUCAGGGGAAGGAAGUCUCGGGGUUAAUAAAGAAAAGAAGCCAGAGAAGGCUAAUACUGCCCCAGCUGCAGACAGCCUGAAUGGCGGCUCCUGGAAGCUGACAAACUUCAUGAGAUCCAACCGCUUGGACCAGAGUGCCAGUGAUCGCUCGUCUGAAGCGUCAACCUCUCAGCCUGGUAGUGAAGCCAACAGUGCUACCCCCUCUCCUGCAAGGUCCAAGAAGGGCAUCAAUCUCUUGCCAGAAGUGCCUGAACAGCCAGUGAUGAAACUUUCAGCAAGAGAGCAAAGAGACUGUGAUGUUAUAGAACGCUUGAUCAAAUCAUACUUCAUGAUUGUAAGAAAGAACAUCCAGGAUAGCACGCCCAAGGCCAUCAUGCAUUUCUUGGUGAACUUUGUCAAGGAUCACUUACAGAGUGAGCUUGUCAGCCAGCUCUACAAGAAAGAGGAGAUUGAGACUCUGCUGGAGGAAUCUGUGCACAUAGCAGCACGGAGGAAGGAGGCCUUGGAAAUGCUGCAGGCCUUGCAGCGAGCCAGCCAGAUUAUUGGAGAAAUUCGAGAGAUCCAUUUAUGGUGA